UGAAUUGCAUGCAAGAACUGUUCCUGGGGGAAGAAAAGGUGUCCUUAUUAGAGAGGUGUCCUUAUUUCAGGGGUUAAAUUGCAUGCAAGAACUGUUCUUGGGGGAAGAAAAGGUGUUCUUAUUAGAGGUGUCCUUAUUUCAGGGGUUGAAUUGCAAGCAAGAGCUGUUCUUGGGGAAAGAAACGGUGCCCUUAUUAGAGAGGUGUCCUCAUUUCAGGGGUGUCCUUAUUAGAGAGGUGUCCUCAUUUCAGGGG